ACGUCUUGUUGCAAACGAACUCCCAUGCGCAUGCGCACCUUCUGUCCGUGUGCUCCAUUGUAUGCUCGAUGUUUGUGGUCCUUUCUAAAUACUCUUCACUUCUACCAACUUAUAUCGAUAUCGACGACAACGUUUAAGUUACUGGUCGACCUACACGCGGGUUCAUUCGUCUUUUCAGUCACUGUAGAUAUCACUAAAGAACUCCACUUCCCAUCAGCCCUUUGUUUAUUGUGUAAAGUCAUGAGGUAGCCUCCUUCUUUCUUCUGCACAGUCUGCAGAGCUGCUUCACCUUCAGUCUCUGCUUCAGUUCACUAAUGGGACGAACUUCACUUCAUCUGACACACAGCUCUAACCCGGGGAACCUGGCAUGGAGACUCUGAGUCUGUAACAUCUCGAACUGCUGACAGUCUGCGCCGAGGAUUCACCAUGAUGACUAUGGUUUUUGAGCUGUCGGACACCGUGACACUGCUGUUUGACUUCUGGGAUGUGCGAGGACCUGCAGGCAUGGUGCUGUCAGUGUUCGUGGUCUUCUUGCUGACCGUCUUCUACGAGGUGCUUAAAGUGUGGAGGGUGUGGCUGGGGGUCAGGUAUAAGCUGUCCCAGCACGAGUCCCGGUACGCCUCCUCUCCGUCCUCUCGCUGCGACAACAGCUCCGUACUAGAAAACAGCCCAUCUGAAUCCUCGCUGACCCCCAUAGACUCACACCUGUCUCCUCCAAACAGACACAGCCUGCUGAUGCACAUCACUCAGACAGUCCUGCACAUGAUGCAGGUGUCUCUGGGCUACAUGCUGAUGCUGUGCGUCAUGUCCUACAAUUUCUGGGUCUUCAUCGGCGUCAUCGGGGGCUCUACUCUGGGUUAUUUCAUCUCGUUUCCUCUCCUGGAUCAUAUGUGAUGCACGGACGCUAAAGACAGUAACUGUCCAAAAUACAUUCAGCUGAAUGUGGAAAAUGACGUUUAAGGUCCUAAAUCACUCAGAUCAUCACUCUUUAUCAUCUGCCUUUUUCAGUUUCUGGCUUCAGGACUUGUUCACUGCACAAUAUAUCAGCCAGGCUUAAAACAUUUUGAAAGAAGUUAACCAUUGAGGGGAAGGUGAAUGAUUUCAUGAGCAAUGAGUUGCUGUGUGUUAAAGGGACAAACUCUCUGCCUCAGAGUUCCAGUCUUCUUGAUUUCCUCAAACUGCAAACAUCUCAGUGCAAACCAAAAGCUGAUCAGUGUGACUGUGAAAGGCGAAGCUUCCUUUUCCUCUGACGCUCGUGUAAAUGAUUCACAGCAAAGGUUCAGCCUAACUCAGAAUGGGAAGUCAUCCGUGUGCGUGACCUUUGUUUCUGUACAGGUUUUGUUUCCUGGUUUGAUUGAGCUCUUUAACCACUUCAUAGUUUAUUUAGCUGUAGUGACAUUACAGUGAUACAAACAUUUACACUGCAGCUUAUCCUGCACACUAACAUGCUUUUGACUCCUUAAGAAGUCUCACUUGGUGAGUUGAUUCCUGAGUUUGUUGUUUUUUUUGCUCUAGGAUCUAGAAGCAGACUUAAAUUUAGAGCUGAGAUUAAGAUUAAGUGGUCAUAAGACUUCUGUUUGAGGAACAGAAUCACAUGAUGCUAGCUUAUUCAAGUUUUCUGAUGUGUCAUCUUGGUUCAGUAACUUAUCAGUUUCAUUCUCACAAAAAAUGUCGAGGGACAAUAAGAGCUGAUCAUGUGGUUCUUUAGAAAUCAUUGACAGAACUACAGAGAAAAUACGUUUGAGUGCCUUGCCAACAUUUCAGAUGAGUUUAAUUCUGAAAUUUGCUUUGGUCUAUUUAGAGACAGAGCAUUUCAACAACUGUUUCUGAUGAUGGAGACAUAUUUAAUAUGUGAAAUCACUUGUGGUGGUUUUUUGUUAAAUAUCCAACAUUUAUUCAUGAUGCUUUUCUUUCAUGUCUCGGAGAACUUGUUGAACUAAAUAAAGUUGAUGAAACAGCUUUA